AUGAAUUAUCUUAACAUUAGAUUUUUAAAUCAUUCGCUGUGUGUUUUAUACUGUCUAUCUGACUUGGUGGAUUUUGCCAUGACAGCAUACGAGAAGGAAGUAAUCGUUACUGAUGCGAAGAAGGAAUCAGAUGGUUCCUUGGAUUUGGAAAAUGACGAUAACUACUAUGGCGUGGUGGAAGAAGACUCAAAGAAGCUUGGAAUAGUUGACAAAUGGGCGCAAAAGUUAAACGCAGAAACUAAAGGUAUUGAACGGAUUUCUGAUGACGAAAGAACUCAAGCUUCUGUUUUUGCUGCGGGAUCUAUGUGGCUCUCAGCUAAUCUUGUAAUUGCAACCUUUAGUUUAGGUACUUUGGGAAUUACAGUAUUUGGUUUAUCUUUCUGGCAAUGUGUUUUAGUCAUCUUAUCUUUCUCCUUCAUGGGUGCCUUUUCUGUUGCUUUUUUUUCUUGUUUUGGACCCAAGUUUGGCUUGAGACAAAUGCUUUUGUCAAGAUACUUUGUGGGUAACUUCACUUGCCGUAUAUUUUCACUUAUUAAUAUGAUUGCUUGUGUUGGUUGGGGUGCAGUUAAUAUAAUGGCGGCAGCCCAGUUACUCCAUAUAGUUAACAAUGGUGCUUUACCUCCAUGGGUUGGCUGUAUCAUAUUAGUUGCCCUUACUAUUAUUGUUACUUUCUUUGGCUACCAUGUAAUUCACAUUUACGAAAAAUGGUCUUGGGUACCUAAUGCUAUUUGCUUCAUUGCUAUUAUUGCUAGAAUGGCCAAAUCCAAAACUUUUACAUACGGUACCACUGUUGGCGGGGUAACUACAGCAGGUAAUGUUUUAUCUUUUGGUGGUGCUGUUUACGGUUAUGCCACUGGCUGGACAACAUUUGCGGCCGAUUAUACUGUUUACCAACCAAAGAGUUACCCAACUUGGAAGAUUUUCUUUGGUGUCUUAGGUGGGCUAAUGUUUCCUCUUUGUUUCACAAUGAUUUUAGGAGCCGCUUGUGCCACUGGUACUUUGACCAACGAAAGAUGGAAUGAAUUGUACAGCAAAAAUGCUGUUGGAGGUUUGGUGUACGCUGUUCUAGUUGAAGAAUCUCUACAUGGUUUUGGUCAAUUUCUUUGCGUUUUGUUAGCUUUAUCAACAGUAGCCAACAAUAUACCAAACAUGUACUCAAUUGCUCUUUCAGCACAGUCUGUGUGGAAUCCAUUAAUCAAAGUCCCACGGAUAGUUUGGACUAUUGCUGGUAAUUUGGUGACUUUGGCUAUUUGUAUUCCAGCCUACUAUGAGUUUGAAGAUGUCAUGCAUAACUUUAUGAACUUGAUUGCCUACUAUUUGGGUAUUUACCAAGCUAUUUCCUACUCAGAACACUUUAUUUAUCGAAAAGGAAAGUUUGCCAAUUACGAUUACAUGAAUUACUUGGACCCAAAAUCCUACGCAGCUGGGUAUGCUGGGACUUUUGCAUUUUUUGUUGGCAUUGCUGGUUGUGUUUUAGGUAUGAACCAAGUUUGGUAUCAGGGUGUUAUUGGGAAAAAAAUUGGUGACUAUGGUGGAGACAUCGGAUUUGAGAUGGGGUUGGGUUUUGCUUUCAUAGCUUAUAAUAUUGCCAGACCUUUGGAAUUGAAAUAUGUUGGUCGUUAG